AGUCUUGGCUGAGGCUGUGUGGAUGUGUGUAGUGGUUCCAUGUGCUUUGCUGUGGCCUGUUGCCGGGCGCUGUGCGGAGAGCUGUGAGAGCUCGCAGCCGGAGCCAUGUCAUGGAGUAGCAUCUAUGUCAGAAGAUAACUGAGUAGCCGAACUGUUGGCCAUGAGUUUCUCAAACCAGACUGGAGGGUGAGCCCGGAUAGGCCCUGGUACUGGAACACACAGGCAUUUGACCGCCGGUAUUUGGUGCUUCUUGCAGGAUGGUGUCAACCGCUUCAUGUGGCGCUGAUCCAGUGACUUUUAUGGAUGUGCAUGUGAACUUCUCUCAGGAAGAGUGGGCUUUGCUGGAUCCUUCUCAGAAGAGUCUCUACAAAGAUGUGAUGCUGGAGACCUACUGGAACCUUACUUGUAUAGGCUAUGAAUGGGAAGACCACAAUAGUGAAGAAUGUUGUCAAAGUUCUAGAAGACAUGGAAGGUAUUUCAACUGUUCUCGCUAUAGUACAUAUAUAACAAAGGGCUAUGGAAAGAAGCAAUGCACCUCUCUCUUUCCCAGAACAAUUAGAAGAUAUGUAGUCAUCCCCACUAUGAGAAGACAUGGUGAAUGGGACACAAGUUUACAAGUACUUGGCUUUCCAGCUUCAGUGGGAAUACAUCAAAAUGCUCCCAUUGGAGAAAAGCCCUAUGAGUACAAGGAAUGUGGGGAAUCUUCUGUCUGUCCUGGUUUAGUUUGCACAUGUAGUGUGACUCACACUGUAGGAAAAUGUGAUGAAUACAAUCAUUGUGGUAAAGAUCUCAGUUCUUCGAUUUCUCUUCAAAGAUGUAAAAUAGCUCACCCAGGAAAAGGAAGUGAUGAAUGUGAGCAAAGUAAUAAAAGCUUUAGCCAUCACAGGUGCCCUGAGAUAGAGAAUACAACCUGCAGUGAAGAGCGUCUCAGUGACUAUAGUCAAUGUGAUAACCAUCACAGGUAUCCUGAGAUAGAGAAUACAACCUACAGUGAAGAGCAUCUCAGUGACUGUAGUCAAUGUGAUAAAGCCUCUUUACAAUUACACCAAAGAACUAAUUCCCAAAUAACAUCCUAUGAAUAUAAUGAAGGAGAUAAGGACAUUACAUUUCACAGUCAUCACCACACAUGUAGAAUAAAUACUAGAGACACAAAGUAUGAAUAUCAUCAAUGUGGUAAAACUGUUGUAUGUCCUAGUUACCUUCAAAUACAUGAAAGAAUCCAUACUAGAAAGAAAUCCUAUGAAUGUAAUCAGUGUGGUAAAGUUUUUGCAUAUAAAAGUCAUUUUCACAAGCAUCAAAGAACUCACACGGGAGAGAAACCCUAUGAAUGUAAGCAAUGUGGUAAAGCCUUUUCAUGUAAUGGUAAUCUUCAAAUACAUGAAAGAAUUCACACUGGUGAGCAACCCUAUAAGUGUAAUCAAUGUGGUAAAGCUUUUGCAUAUAGCAACAGUCUUCACAAGCAUGAGAGAACUCACACUGGAGAGAAACCCUAUGAAUGUAACCACUGUGGUAAAGCCUUUACAUGUCACAGUACCCUACAAAUACAUGAAAGAAUUCACACUGGAGAAAAACCAUAUAAAUGCAGUCAAUGUGGUAAAACCUUUGCACGUAACAGCCAUGUUAAAAUGCAUGAAAGAAUUCACACUGGAGAGAAACCCUAUAAAUGUAAUCAAUGUGGCAAAGCCUUUGCAUAUCACAGUCAUCUUCAAAGGCAUGAAAGGACUCAUACUGGAGAGAAGCCUUAUGAAUGUAAUCAGUGUGGUAAAGCCUUUGCAUAUCGCAGUAGUCUGAGACUACAUGAAACAAGUCACACUGGAGAGAAACCUUAUGAAUGUCACCAAUGUGGUAAAGCCUUUGCCUGUUCCAGCUAUCUUCAAAUACAUGAAAGAAUUCAUACUGGAGAGAGACCCUUUCAAUGUAAGCAUUGUUGUAAAACCUUUUCAUAUCGCAGUAGUCUUCACAUGCAUGAAAAAAAUCAUACUGGAGAGAAACUCUUUGAAUGUAAGAAAUGUGGUGUAUCCUUUGCAUAUCUUGGUACUCUUCAAAAGCAUGAAAGAAUGCAUACUGACAAAAAAGAAAAUUCCCCUGAAGGCUAAUAAAUGAGGUAUAGCAUUUCAAACUGUAUUCAUUCUCUCCACUGAGUUCUCUCACUGGUGCUUGACUAACGGUACACCUAUUACAUCAUUAAAAUGUAGUCUCCUUUUCAGAUUGCCAACAUAUUGUCAUCUAAGAAUAAAGGAACCCAUUGUCUCAUGAUAAUUUAAAUAGUAAAAUCUAUGUGUAAAUGAAAAUGUUAUU